CGAUUUUUUAACAAGUUUACAACGACAAAGUUUGUCUCGGUACGGUAAAAGCAACCGCACGAAGCAGCGUCCUGGUAAGAGGAGUAGUGAUUGUAGACAAGAUUUACAAAGCUGGAUGAGGCUGGAUCCCUGAGCGCUUUCGACAUAUUUUCCUUUAAGUUCUCCUCGGUGGGAGCGAAUAGGGAAGGGUUGGAGGGAAAGAUGAGACGAUGAAGUCCUAACCGAGAUUCGGGUGAGGGCAUGUACGACAGGGACAGGGUGUCCCUUCGAAGCCUGCCCUGCUAUGAGGGACUGUCUACAAUGAGGCGGCCAAUUGGCAUGGCUCUGUUCGGUAUGGUGUGGUUAUUGCGCGUGCGCAGUGAAAUGAAAAGAUGUGCCAAGUGUCGGCGAGAACUGAGAGAAAGACAAUUAGAGCAGCAACAAAGAACUCCUGCGUCGUGUUCGACGUAUUUUACUAUUGACGCUCCGACGGUACUGCCCAGUACUGAAAAUCUGCUGACGCCGGAGAGGAUGGGUCCGACGACGUACUGUGAAGUACAUGGGUUUAAUCCUCAUAAAGAAGAUAUACAAGAAUUUUACGAACUGACGCUUUUAGACGAAAAUAAAUCAGUACAAGAAAAAACUGCGGAAACAAUUCGCAUCGCCAACAAGUGGGAAGCCAACGAUGGUCCCAUUAUACCUGCCUACACAAAUAACGAGUUUUGGUUAUCAACUUCUGUCAAGCAGAAGUCGCGCUAUGCGGAAGACGACAUGCCACCCCCACCUUCUCCCCCACAACAACACCCCGCCGUCACCGCGGCUAUCGCUCACGAAGGGAGCGGAAGAGUUUCCCGACAGGGCUCCCUGGAACGGGGCUCCACGACCCACCACAGGACGAGACCGUCCAACGAGAUUGCAAAGGAGCAGAUGCAGAAUGCGGGAAAUGAUAGUUGGCAAGGAAACGACAGUGAUCAGGCCCAUUCGCCAUUAUUAGGAUCCGGUGAUAAACCAGUAAACGGUGACGAUGAAUGGGAAUACGAAGAAAUCAUCCUCGAACGAGGAGGAGCAGGCCUCGGCUUCAGCAUCGCUGGAGGCACCGACAAUCCUCACAUCGGCGACGAUACCGCCAUCUACAUCACCAAGUUAAUACCCGGGGGGGCGGCAUCUAGCGAUGGUAGAUUGAUGGUUAACGAUUCCAUUCUAUCUGUCAACGAUGUCGCCGUCGUUGACGUACCACACGCUAUGGCCGUCGAUGCGCUCAAGAAAGCCGGCAACACUGUUAAAUUGUGUGUCAGGCGAAGACGGCAACCUCGCAACAUGCGCCUGAUGGAGAUCGAGUUGGUGAAGGGGAACAAAGGUCUAGGAUUUAGCAUCGCCGGCGGUAUAGGCAACCAACAUAUACCGGGUGAUAAUGGCAUCUACGUCACGAAGGUGAUGGACGGUGGCGCCGCUCAAGUCGACGGCCGGUUGCUGGUUGGAGAUAAGUUGGUGGCAGUAAGAGAUGCCGUGAAAGGGGAAGUGAAUCUAGAAAAUGUGACUCACGAGGACGCCGUAGCGACGUUAAAAACGACGCAAGAUCGCGUCGUCCUCAUCGUAGCCAAACCAGAGAGUGCCUUCAAUGCUCCCGCAUCGGAUACUUCAUAUUCGCCGCAACUUUCUACAAAAGUUUCUCAUGGUUAUGCCGAUUCAGUACAUUCUGUACAUUCAUCGAAUUUGGCAUUACAUCACCCUCCUUCUACCCCUAGAGCCAUUAGCGCCGAAGAUAUCACACGAGAUGUGCGAACCGUAGUUCUUCAGAAAGGUAACUCAGGUCUCGGAUUCAAUAUCGUCGGUGGUGAAGAUGGCGAGGGAAUCUUCAUAUCGUUCAUCUUGGCAGGGGGGCCCGCCGACCUGAGCGGAGAACUUCGAAGGGGCGAUCAGAUUCUGAGCGUCAACGGAGUCAAUCUCAGAAAUGCCACCCACGAGGAGGCGGCGCUGGCCCUGAAGGGUACAAGUCAGACAGUCAGCGUUGUAGUACAAUAUCGGCCCGAAGAGUACAACAGAUUUGAAGCUAAAAUUCAUGACCUAAAACAACAGAUUGCGCAUCCUGUUACGGGUGGUACUUUACUCAGAACAUCACAGAAACGAUCUCUCUAUGUUAGGGCAUUAUUCGAUUACGAUCCGAUGAAAGACGACGGUCUACCGAGUCGAGGUCUGGCAUUCCACUACGGCGACAUUCUUCACGUGACAAACGCCAGCGAUGACGAAUGGUGGCAAGCCAGAAGAGUACUUAAUACUGGAGAUGAACAGGGUAUGGGUAUUGUACCGUCGAAGAGACGGUGGGAGAGGAAACAGAGAGCUAGAGAUAGAUCUGUUAAAUUUCAGGGACAUUCACCCAAUAUUCUUGAUAAGCAAUCAACAUUAGAUAGGAAAAAGAAAAAUUUCUCUUUUAGUAGAAAAUUUCCGUUUAUGAAAAGCAAAGAUGAUAAAUCAGAAGAUGGAUCAGACCAGGAACACCCCAAUUCUGAUAAUUCUAACUCCGCUAACGAUAACGAAAAAAAUCCCCAAUCUUUCAUGCUCUGUUAUACUCAAGAGGAUGCUAACGCAGAAGGUGAAAUAUUAUAUCGGGUCGAACUGCCGUAUAUGGAAGAAAUAACACUUAUUUAUUUGGAAGAUAAUGACAAUAUGGGGGAUUUUAGCAACGAGGAAAACGUUCUAUCGUACGAACCAGUCCAACAGUUGCAUAUUAAUUAUACGAGACCUGUUAUUGUACUGGGUCCUCUAAAGGAUCGUAUCAAUGAUGACUUGAUAUCUGAGUUUCCUGACAAGUUCGGAAGUUGUGUACCACAUACCACAAGACCUAAACGGGAAUAUGAAGUGGACGGUAGAGACUACCACUUCGUCGCAUCCAGGGAACAAAUGGAAAGAGAUAUUCAAAAUCAUCUAUUCAUUGAAGCGGGACAGUACAAUGACAAUUUGUAUGGAACUUCUGUAGCGUCUGUACGUGAAGUCGCUGACAAGGGUAAACAUUGUAUCCUGGAUGUUAGCGGUAAUGCAAUAAAAAGGCUGCAAGUGGCGCAGUUGUAUCCCAUCGCUGUUUUUGUUAAGCCAAAAUCGGUCGAAUCCAUAAUGGAAAUGAAUAAAAGAAUGACAGAAGAGCAAGCCAAGAAGACUUUUGAAAGAGCAAUCAAGAUGGAACAAGAAUUCGGCGAAUACUUCACAGCUGUUGUGCAAGGCGACACUCCCGAAGACAUCUAUAACCAAGUCAAAGAAGUAAUUAAGGAACAAUCAGGACCAAACAUAUGGGUACCGGCCAAGGAGAAACUGUGACCUUUGGCCCCACCCAUAUGGACUCUUCCGUCUCGUCCACAACGGCUGCACUGAAGACGCCACUAUUUAAACUAAUAUAAGAUCCCCAAAAUCCCCCUGUAGCGAAUGAGCGCUAAAAGUUUUCAAAAUUGCGCACUGAUUUUUGAUCAAAAAUUGUCCUCAGGAGUAUUUGUUUAU